GCAGACAGCAUUUGCUCAUCACACGGAGGACAACUUCGGAGGACGAACAUGGAAACAGAUUCUGUUCAUCAUAUUGAAGUUCUUGCUCGAGACGGUGAAGCUGUUUCUCGGGACUUCGUUUCAAAAUAUAACUUUGUUUUGAUCGCGAAAAGGUCAUGUCCACUAGCAAACCAAUGGGUUCUUAAAUCACGUAACGUAAUUUUUGUGGUGACACAAUCGAAGUUGUUACAUCAUGCACCACAAAUGGAGCAAAACACCUGCGAGGUGAUUAAAACGGAGGACUUUUAUGUCGUGUCAUCUGAGUUAGAAUACAAAGGAUUGCAUACGCACGACAGCAGAUCUUUCGAAACGUGUGCUGAAGUCGACACUGUGAACAAUGUGGCUUUGAAGGUCAAAAAUGUCGGUUCUUGCUUGCAGCGAUUGAAAGCACGUGGGGCAACUGUAUUAAAACAAGAAACAACAAUUAAGGACGAUUUGGGAGAGAUAGAUCUAGCAAUAGUGAAAUCUUGUGUUGGAAAUGUGAUACACACGUUGCUUAAUUGUGAUAGAUACUCAGGGGCAUUCCUACCUCACUUUGAUAUUGUUCACCAAACUGAUGUAUGUCGAGAAGCUGAUGAUAAGACUGUAAAUUUAACACAUUUUGAUCAUGUGACAUUCGCAUGUGAAGUUGGUACAUCAUCAACUGUGCUACAGUGGUAUGAGGAGUGUCUUGGAUUGAAAAGAUUUUUUAUGAACAGUGACGAGGAUGCCAAUGAUGGUUUUGUGAUAAACACAACAGAUAUUGGUCUACGACUUAAGGCAAUGGAGUACUGGCACUGUGCUGAAACAGGAAUCACCACACCCGAAAAGUCUGAGGGUGUCAACGGCAUCAAGUUUGUCAUUGCAGAGGCAUUACCGGACCAAGGUCCUAACCAGGUGGCUACAUUCCUGACGGAACAUGGCGGACCGGGUAUCCAACAUAUUGGGCUCCACACUCCGGACAUAGUCACCACUGUGUCCACUCUGAUGGCCAGGGGAGUGGAGUUCGCUGAACCUCCAUACACAUACUACACAGAGGUAGGAAAACUGGAGGACAUUGAGCAGAUUGGUCAGUGUGUGGCCAUCCUUGAGACGAACGGUAUACUGGUAGAUAUGGAGGUUGACAUCAAUGAGAUGACCAGUGAGACACACAACAAGGACCAAACACAGAAUGAUGGACACAGCGGUAAAAGGUAUUUGAUGCAGAAAUUCACCAAGCCCCUCUUUGAUAGGAAUACAUUUUUCCUGGAAGUGAUCCAUCGCUCUGGAGCCACAGGAUUUGGGUCUGGUAACAUCACAGCUCUAUGGAGAUCUGUCCAAGCAUACAUGUCUUCUCAAAAAAAACCACCAGUUACAUUGGCCAGUUAA